AUGAGUGUGUCACUGGUCGUUAUCCGUCUGGAGCUCGCAGACCAGUCUCUUUCUCCACAGGAUUUCCAAUACACCGCUGGUGAGUUUAAUUAUUUCAGUUUUAAUACUGAAGUCACCAUCUUGCUAGCUACUAGCAGCAGCUAGAUAUAUAGCUAAUUUAACUAGUCCGCAGUGACGUAUGGUGUUUGUUUUUGCACUCUUCCUCACAGGAGUAUUAUUUUAUAGACAACUAGCUAGCUAGCCUAAUACAUUUAAUAUUAUGUGAAGCAGGCAAGAAUAACUAAGUACUUCCGAGUCACGGAUUUUCGGAAAUCCUUCAGAAUAAGAGUUCCGUCCUGUAUACGUUGUAAAUUAAUAAUUAGGGUGAAAAUGAUGUCAAAUGUGCACAAAUAUUGAUAUAGUUUAUACUAGCAUACAAAUAAUAAUUAAAAGUUUAUUUUUUUCAAGUCUGAAUGGUCAACAAUUAUUUUUGUGUGUGUACUCCUAUCAUUUAUUGGACCAUACACAAUUUUCUGUACAUUGUGUCCAGUAAAAGGACCAUUCUACUCAGGAGCACUUGUAGUUUCCAAAUCCAAAGAGUUUACACCCAGAGGAGCGUUGCUGCUAAUUUUGCGGACCUUAAGAGUGGCCAAUCAAUUUAAACCCAAUCUUUACUUUUUUUCACAUUGGAAAUACAAAUUGCUCUUCUUACAAUUUUCUGUAGGUUGCGUCGCAAUAAAGUGUGUGUGUGUGUGUGUGUGUGUGGGGGGGGGGGGGGGGGUCCAUUCUACUCAGUAGCACUUCUACUUUCCAAAUCCACUGAGUUUACAGCCAGAGGAGCGCCAAUCAGCUUUAAUCCAAUAGUUUUUUCAUAUUGGACAUGCAAAAAUAGAAGAUUAGAUUUAAGCUGAUUGGCCACUCUUUUAAGGGCCGCAGUGACGCUCCUCGGAGUGUAAACUCUGUGGAUUUGGAAACGAGAAGUGCCUCUGAGUAGAAUUGGACCCCCCCUUGUACUGCGACACAAUGUACAGACAAUUGUGUACGGUGCAAUAUGUAUGUCCAGUAUGAAAAAACAAUUGGAUUUAAGCCACUCUUUAAGGUCCGCAAAAUGAGCAGCAACGCUCCUCUGGGUGUAAACUCUGUGGAUUUCGAAACUAGAGGUGCUCCUGAGUAGAAUGGAUCCCCCUUUUUACUGCGACAAAAUGUAAAGAAAAUUGCGUACGGUGCAAUAAAUGAUAGGCGUACACACAUAAAAACAUUGUUGACCAUUUAGGCUUGAAAAAAUAAACAAAUACAUCAUAUUUCUUAUAUAAAUACUUUUAAUUAUUAUUUGUAUAAUAACUAGUAUAAAAUAUAUCGAUAAUUGUGCAAAUUUUCAUCCUAAUUAUUAAUUUACAAAAGUAUACAGGACAUGAUUCUUAUUCUGAAGGAUUCCAAAAAAUCUGUGACCUGGAAGUACAUAGUUAUUCUUGCCAGCUUCACAGUGGUAGAACAUAGAGCAGCGGAAUAAUUCAGUUUGAGGAGUCAGGCAACAGCAUCAGAGCAAGUCACUCCCUCCUCUUACCAGCAGAGACCUGCUCAGGUUACUGUUUCUGGAACACAUUUGUAUGAGUAAUUCAGCAAUGAUGGCAAUAGGUAUUGUAUUGAUCCAGAAGUUGAUGCUUUGUGUUUGCCUAUUCACCCUCUUUCUCUCCCCCUCUUGCUCUCUGGCCCUGUAGUUGAGGAUAUGUCAGAGGAGGAUUUGCAGGAGAAAGCUCUGGGCUCAGCCAGGCUCUCUCUGAGUGGGAAGACAGAGCUGGAGAGAGCAGCAGUUCUACAACAGCACAUCGGCAGCAGAGCCAUGGGAGACAUGGUCAUCGAGACCUUCGCACCCAACCUUGGUAAGAAUCAGGGUGUAUAGCUAUAUGGAUGACAUAUUUAAUUAAUGUGAUGCUGUACACGAACCAAUGCAUUAUUAUUUGUUGGCAUGUAAUAAUACUAAUACAUGUGGUGUGUGUGUGUAUAGGGAGAUGGUAUGUGUUAAAAUAUUCUGAGAUUUCAGAAUUACUAACUAAAGAAAAUACAGCUGUGGGUAUCAAUCUCAGUCAGACUUUAUAGGAAUAGAAACUACUAGAAACCUCAAUUUCUCCCCUGUAGAUAAAGAAGAGGGUGCGCAGGCCGAGGGACAGGAGGGUGGAGGAGCCCAGCUCCUAGAGGAUCAACCAGACGGGAGGGGUCCAACUGAGGACACUACUAAGGAGGGCCCUACGGAGGUCAGUGCCGAGGGCACAGAGGCGGCUCCAGACUCGCCCUCCAAGCAGCUUCCAGACCAGAUCUCCUUCUUCAGUGGAAACCCCUCGGUGGAGAUAGCCCACGGCAUCAUGCACCUCUACAAGACCAAGUGAGUCUCUGCUGCUAUACACAACACUGAGUACGUUUACAUGCAGACUAAUAAUUAUAUGUAUGUUCCUAAAAACCAAUGUGGAGGUGGGAGAGGAGGGACAUGAAGCGUGUCACGCGUCAAAUAGAACCAAGUUCUAUUUUAGCGCCUGGCUACGCAGACGCUCGUUGACGCGCCCUAGCAGUUUGGAUGAAAUGAUUGAAUAACAUGUAUAUGUACAUUUAUUUUGCAACGCGAGCGGUGUGGUCAGCAUGUUGCUGUGAGAGAGUGUCUGGCCAAGGUCUGUUGAGGAAGGUGAACAGGUCAUUUGUAAACAUCAUGGAGACCGGGUAGAGAGUAACUGCUACCAGAACGCUCGACCGCAAAGACAACAUUCUAGUCGUCCGUUUGUUCAGAACCUAACAGUGCUCAUUGAGUCUGAACCCAUUGGCUUUAUAUUUCCAUUCAAUAGGCUUGGGCGGUAUCCAGAUUGGGAUAUUCUGUAAUAUCGGCACUGAACACAAGGGGCGCUAUUUUCAAAAGGUUAGCAAUGCUAACAAGUACAUGUAAAAUCCCAUAGCGAAUGCUAGCUACAUGCUAAACAGCGGAUUGCGAACAUUUUAUACAGUCUCUGACAAACUAUUUGCAGGACAGACUUCCCAGCUCAUGAAGUUAUACAAGUAACUAAAAAAGGCUACUCAGUUUGCUGCACACUCAAAAUAAAUAUUAGACAGCAAGGCUCUUGAUCCAGGAGAAGCUUGAUUUUGCAAGCUAACCAGCUAGAUAACUACUAAGUUAGCAAACCAAAUGCACAACUACAGAGCAUUUAGCACAUUUUAAACAGUUAACUUAAUAGUUACAAUAUCUAGCUGGCAAACAAUUAGUUGUGAAUUCCAUACUGUAACUAUGGUACCAAGAUGGCGUAGCAGUGCGGUCGUGUACUCUGUAGUGUGUCCGUGUAAAUAGCCUUUUAUAUAUUUCUCAAUCUCACUUUUCAUCUUUCAACUAAAUAUACUUUCCUGCAACCCACCUCACCCAAUGUGGAACGGAUUCUAUUAUUUCUUAUACCUUUUUAUCUUGAACCUCUGGCUGAAGCUAGCCAGCUAACUAGCUACUUGCUAUUACAUUGUCCGUGGCCUGCACUACCUACCAGCCAGCUCUAGCCUGGACAAUUAUCGGCCAGUCUGCACAGUCUGCACAGAGCGCUAUCGACCCAGAACAUAUCAGAUUUUCUGCCGGAAUCACUGAAUCACUGGACCUUAACACCGGAUCAUCGCAACUAGCUAGCUGCAACCGAAUGGAUGUUGUUGUUGGCUAAUCAACCCCUGUCCCGAAGCAAGCACCAGUUAGCCUUGAGCUAGCCUCGAGCCAGGCCCAUCUCCCGGCUAUCUACCUCUCUGUCAACCGGACGGGACCUCCUAGUGUCGACACGGAGCCCCGCUGAUCCAUCACGACUGGUCUGCCGACGUGAUCGUCUGAUGCGGUUUCAACAGGCUUUCCGUUGCGACAACCAUGAAGAUCCAUCUGCUAGCCCCGGCCCGCUAGCACACGCAAUCAAUAGCCGUGCCUCCUGCUCGCCUGUGCCGUAGCAGCCAUCGAACUGCUCCCAGACUCACCUAUUGCUGUUCACUGGACCUUAUGAUCACUCAGCUACACAGCUGAUGCCUGCUGGACUGUUCCUUUACACGGUACCCCAUCCUGUUUAUCUGUCCUGUUUAUCUGUUUAGCCUCAGCCCAAACUUUCGUCGCCAUUACCAGUUGUUGUCUUAGCUCUCUUGAAUAACACCUGUGAUUGCUUUAUGCCUCUCUCCCAUGUCAAUAUGCCUUGCCUACUGCUGUUUCGGUUAGUUCUUAUUAUACAAUUUCAUUGUAGAGCCCUCAGUCCCGCUCAACCUGCCUCAGAUAGCUCCUUUGUCCCACCCCCCAUACACGCGGAGACCGGCUCAAUUGGUGCCUCCAGUGAUGCUAUCGCUUUCAUCGUUACCCAACGCUUAGGUUUACCUCCACUGUACUCAUAUCCUUCCAUAUCCUUGUCUGUACAUAAUGCCCUGAAUCUAUUCUACAACGCCCGGAAAUCUGCCCCUUUUAUUCUCUGUACCCAACGCACUAGAAGACCAGUUCUUAAAGCCUUUAGCCGUAUCCUUAUUCCUCUCCUCCUCUGUUCAUCUGGUGAUGUAGAGGUUAACCAAGGCCCUGUAGCCCCCAGUAUCACUCCUACUCCCCAGGCGCUAUCAUUUGCUGACUUCUGUAACCGUAAAAGCCUUGGUUUCUUGCAUGUUAACAUCAGAAGCCUCCUCCCUAAGUUUGAGUUAUUCACUGCGUUAGCACACUCCGCAAACCCUGAUGUUCUAGCAGUGUCUGAAUCCUGGCUUAGGAAGGCCACCAAAAACUCUGAAAUGUCCAUCCCCAACUACAACAUUUUCCAUCUAGAUAGAACUGCCAAAGGGGGCAGAGUUGCAAUCUACUGUAGAGAUAGCCUACAGAGCUCUAUCAUACUAUCCAGGUCUGUGCCCAAACAGUUUGAGCUUCUACUUCUAAAAAUCCACCUUUCCAGAAAUAAGUCUCUCACUGUUGCCGCUUGCUACAGACCCCCCUCAGCCCCCAGCUGUGCUCUGGACACCAUAUGUGAUUUGAUUGCUCCCCAUCUAUCCUCAGAGUUCGUACUGCUUGGUGACCUAAACUGGGAUAUGCUUAACACCCCGGCCGCCCUACAAUCUAAACUAGAUGUCCUCAAUCUCACACAAAUUAUCAAGGAACCUACCAGGUACAACCAUAAAUCCGUAAACAUGGGCACCCUCAUAGAUAUCAUCCUGACUAAUUUACCCUCUAAAUACACCUCCGCUGUCUUCAACCAGGAUCUCAGCGAUCACUGCCUCAUUGCCUGCGUCCGUAAUGGGUCCGCGGUCAAACGACCACCCCUCAUCACUGUCAAACGCUCCCUAAAACACUUCAGCGAGGAGGCCUUUCUAAUUGACCUGGCCCAGGUAUCCUGGAUGGAUACUGCCCUUGACCAGCACAAAAACAUCCUGUGGCGUACUGCAUUAGCAUCGAACAGCCCCCGCGAUAUGCAACUUUUCAGGGAAGUCAGGAACCAAUAUACACAAUCAGUUAGGAAAGCAAAGGCUAGCUUUUUCAAACAGAAAUUUGCAUCCUGUAGCACUAACUCCAAAGUGUUUUUUUUUUGUUUGUUUGUUUAGCAGACGCUCUUAUCCAGAGCGACUUACAGUUAGUGAGUGCAUACAUUUUCAUACUGGCCCCCUGUGGGAAACUAACCCACAACCGUGGCGUUGCAAGCGCCAUGCUCUACCAACUGAGCUACAGGGGUUCAUGGAGAAUAAGAGCACCUCCUCCCAGCUGCCCACUGCACUGAGGCUAGGAAACACUGUCACCACUGAUAAAUCUACGAUAAUCGAGAAUUUCAAUAAGCAUUUUGCUACGGCUGGCCAUGCUUUCCACCUGGCUACCCCUACCCCGGCCACCAGCUCUGCAACUUGCCCACCUCUGCCACGCUCAAGGUCCUAAACGAUAUUAUAACCGCGAUCGAUAAAAGACUGUCCAGCCGUCUUCAUCGACGUGGCCAAGGCUUUCGACUCUUUCAAUCACCGCAUUCUUAUCGGCAGACUAAAUAGCCUUGGUUUCUCAAAUUACUGCCUCGCCUGGUUCACCAACUACUUCUCAGAGUUCAAUGUGUCAAAUCGGAGGGCCUGUUGUCUGGACCUCUGGCAGUCUCUAUGGGGGUGCCACAGGGUUCAAUUCUCGGGCCGACUCUAUUCUCUGUGUAUAUCAAUGAUGUCGCUCUUGCUGCUGGUGACUCUCAGAUCCACCUCUACGCAGACGACACCAUUUUGUAUACAUCUGGCCCUUCAUUAGACACUGUGUUAAUAAACCUCCAAACGAGCUUCAAUGCCAUACAACACUCCUUCCGUAGCCUCCAACUGCUCUUAAACGCUAUUAAAACUAAAUGCAUGCUCUUCAAUCGAACGCUGCUUGCACCCGCCCACCCGACUAGAAUCACUACUCUCGGCGGGUCUGACUUAGAAUAUGUGGACAACUACAAAUACCUAGGUGUCUGGUUAGACCGUAAACUCUCCUUCCAGACUCACAUUAAGCAUCUCCAAUCCAAAGUUAAAUCUAGAAUCAGCUUCCUAUUUCGCAACAAAGCCUCCUUCACUCAUGCUGCCAAACAUGCCCUCGUAAAACUGACUAUCCUACCGAUCCUUGACUUCGGCGAUGUCAUUUACAAAAUAGCCUCCAACACUCUAAUCAGCAAAUUGGAUGUAGUCUAUCACAGUGCCAUCCGUUUUGUCACCAAAGCCCCAUAUACUACCCCCCAUUGUGACCUGUACGCUCUCGUUGGCUGGCCCUCAUUACAUAUUAGUCGCCAAACCCACUGGCUCCAGGCCAUCUAUAAAUCACUGCUAGGCAAAUCCCUGCCUUAUCUUAGCUCAUUGGUCACCAUAGCAACACCCACCCGUAGUAUGCGCUCCAGCAGGUAUAUCUCACUGGUCAUCCCCAAAGCCAACACCUCCUUUGGCCGCCAUUCCUUCCAGUUCUCUGCUGCUAAUGAUUGGAACGAACUGCAAAAAUCUCUGAAGCUGGAGACUCUUAUCUCCCUCACUAACUUUAAGCAUCAGUUGUCAGAGCAGCUUACCAAUCACUGCACCUGUACACAGCCCAUCUGUAAUUAGCCCAUCCAACUACCUCAUCACCAUAUUGUUAUUUAUUUUGCUCAUUUGCACCCAAGUAUCUCUUUUUGCACAUCAUCUUCUGCACAUCUAUCACUCCAGUGUUAAUACUAAAUUGUAAUUAUUUUGCACUAUGGCCUAUUUAUUGCCUUACCUCCAUAACUUACUACAUUUGCACACACUGUAUAUAGAUUUUCUAUUGUGUUAUUGACUGUAUGUUUUGUUUAUCCCAUAUGUAACUCUGUGUUGUUGUUGUUUUUAUCGCACUGCUUUGCUUUAUCUUGGCCAGGUCGCAGUUGUAAAUGAGAACUUGUUCUCAACUGGCUUACCUGGUUAAAUAAAGGUGAAAUAUAUAUAUAUAUAAUUUUUUUUAAUGGUUGAAAAACCAUCUGUGGCUAUUUUCAAAUAUCCCCCGGAAUACGUUAUAUCGCCCAAGCCUACCAUGCAGUAGACAUUCUGUACUAUAUCCAGAGCGACUAGAGUAUACCAAAGAUAUUAUAGUUCAUUGAAAAGAUUUCUCACUGGCAUUAUGAGACAAUUUAGUUUCUCCUGACUGUCCCGUCGCAGCAAGAUGACAUCACUGACGGAGGACAUGCGUCGCAGUGCCAUGCUGUGUAUCCUGACGGUCCCCUCCACCAUGACAAGUCACGACCUCAUGAAGUUUGUGGCACCAUUUUAUGAUGUCAUGGAGCACAUGAAGAUCAUACGAGACUCCACCCAUAACCAGUACAUGGUGCUGAUCAAGUUUAGUAGCCAGGUGAGAUUAGUAAGACCAUAGAACACUACUGUUGUUGUAUCUGAAGGUCUGCUUAGAAACUGUUUAUAAUUAUUCACAUUAUUACUCGGUCUCUCUCUGUCUGUCUCUGUCUCCGUCUACCCCUUUCUCUCUCCAGGCUGAUGCAGAUAGUUUCUACACAGCGUGUAAUGGCCGUACUUUCAACUCCAUAGAGGAUGCAGUCUGUCAGCUGGUCUAUGUGGAGAGAGCUGAGGUCAUCAAGUCUGAGCAGGUACAGUAUGUACACCAGUACCUCUAAUGACUGUCUGAGCAGUGCACCUGACAUAGAUUUAAUCAUUUCUCUCUGUUUCUGUCUCUCUCCCUCAGGGCGCCAGUCUUCCAGUGAUGGAGCUGACAGAGCUUCCUAAGUGUACCGUGUGUCUGGAGAGGAUGGACGAGUCAGUGAAUGGGGUUCUCACUACACUCUGUAACCACAGCUUCCACAGCCUGUGUCUGCAACGCUGGGAGGACGCCUCGUGAGUAUAUACCAGCACAUACACACACACUUCAACCUGAUUCGACUCACAGCAUGACCCUGUGUUCAUUUCUCCAUCCUCCCUCUCUCUGGUCAGUGGAUGACCGUCAUGUGCUGCUGUUUUAGUCCUUUUGUGGCACAACAUUUGAGCAAAAUGGCAUUGUGUUUUAGCAUGGGGACAAUAGAAGUGGUACUGUGCAUUUGGUGUUUUCAUGUGUGUGCAUGUGUAAAGGUGUUGACUGGAGUGUACUGACUGUUCUGUUCCAGGUGUCCUGUGUGUCGGUACUGUCAGACCCCAGAGCCUGUAGAGGAGAACAAGUGCUUUGAAUGUGGAGUACAGGAGGUAAACAUUAUUUACACACUAAAAUCAACACUACAUACAUUUGCAGACAUCUACAGGAACUCGUUUACAGUUGCUAAUGUUUUCCCUCCUACGCCCCUCCCCCUGGCUAAUGUUUUCCCUCCUACGCCCCUCCCCCAGGCUAAUGUUUUCCCUUCUACGCCCCUCCCCCUGGCUAAUGUUUUCCCUCCUACGCCCCUCCCCCUGGCUAAUGUUUUCCCUCCUACGCCCCUCCCCCUGGCUAAUGUUUUCCCUCCUACGCCCCUCCCCCUGGCUAAUGUUUUCCCUCCUACGCCCCUCCACCCCAGAACCUUUGGAUCUGUCUGAUCUGUGGUCAUAUCGGCUGUGGUCGCUACGUCAGUCGUCAUGCCUACAAACACUUUGAGGAGACGCAACACACGUACGCCAUGCAGCUCACUAACCACCGUGUCUGGGACUAUGCUGGAGGUACAGGAGACUGUGGAGGGCUAGGGGCAAGAGUACAGGCUUCUGUCUCUAUAUAUAAACUCCAAUGUAUAUAAAACGGGGAUGUGACAAAUAUACAAUUACAUUUUAGUCAUUUAGCAGACGCUCUUAUCCAGAGCGACGUACAUGAGCAAUUAGGGUUAAUUUCCUUGCUCAAGGGCACAGACAGAUUUUUCACCUAGUCGGCUCUGGGAUUCGAACCAGCAACCUUUCGGUUACUGGCCCAACACUCUUAACCGCUAGGCUACCUGCCGCCAAAUCUAUAAUUGUUCUUAACAUUUAAAGUCACAUUUACAUUUUUUUUUCUUUUUUCAACGCUAAGAAAAAAUAUUUAAAUGACUUGAAUUCACAAUUCAGAGAUGAUCCUGCGUAUGACUGCUAGGGGGGAAAAUGCAGUUCAAUCUAUUGCAGUCCUGGCUACCUACCAGACAGCACUCACCUUACUGCUGUCCCCCACCCACUCAGCAACGAUGGUAGUUAAUGCCGUUUUAGGUUCUCUGCACAUAUAAUUAUGGCGCCGGAGGAGAUGGCUGCCGUUCUAUUGUGUGUUUUUUCGCAACUUAUUUUGUACAUUAUGUUUCUGCCACCGUCUCUUAUGACCGAAAAAAGCUUCUGGAUAUCAAAACAGUGAUUACUCACAUCGUACUGGACGAAGAUUUUUUCUUUAACGAGUUGGACACAAAGGAUUUACUUCAGACACCGGACAAGGCCCAAAUCCCCGUCAUUCGCAUGAAGAAGAGACAGAGAUAUAGGGGUCGUAGGUCGGGGUGCCUUGUAAGAAUCCGACGGCGAGUGGGUAACCCGCCUCUACCAUCAGUCCUAUUAGCCAACGUGCAAUCAUUGGCUAAUAAACUGGAUGAGCUCCGAUCAAGACUAUCCUACCAACGGGACAUUCAAAACUGUAAUAUGUUUCACCGAGUCGUGGCUGAACAACGACAUGGAUAACAUACAUCUGGCUGUGUUUUCCGUGCAUCGGCAAGAUAGAACAGCUGCCUCCGGUAAGACAAGGGGUGGCGGUCUGUGUCUAUUUGUCAAUAACAGCUGAUGCACAAAAUCUAAUAUUAAUGAAGUCUCUAGGUUUUGCUCGCCUGAGGUAGAGUAUUUCAUGACAAGCUGUAGACCACACUAUUUACCAAGAUAGUUUUCAUCUAUAUUUUUCGUAGCUGUCUAUUUACCACCACAAACAGAUUCUGGCACUAAGACCGCACUCAACAAGCUGUAUAAGGCCAUAAGCAAACAAGAAAAUGCUCACCCAGAGGCGGCGCUCCUAGACUUUAAUGCAGGGAAACUUAAAUCAGUUUUACCUCAUUUCUACCGGCAUGUUAUAUGUGUAACCAGAGGGAAAAAAACUCUAGACCACCAAAGCUCAUCACUAAGCUAAGGACCUUGGGACUAAACACCUCCCUCUGCAACUGGAUCCUGGACUUCCUGACGGGCCGCCCCCAGGUGGUAAGGGUAGGUAACAACACAUCUGCCACGCUGACCCUCAACACGGGGGCCCCUCAGGGGUGACUGCUCAGUCCCCUCCUGUACUCCCUGUUCACCCAUGACUGCAUGGCCAAGCACGACUCCAACACCAUCAUUAAGUUUGCAGACAACACAACAGUGGUAGGCCUGAUCACCGACAACGAUAAGACGGCCUAUAGGGAGGAGGUCAGAGACCUGGCAGUGUGGUGCCAGGAAAACAACCUCUCCCUCAACGUGAUCAAGACAAAGGAGAUGAUCAUGGACUACAGGAAAAGGAGGGCCGAGCACGCCCCCAUUCUCAUCGACGGGGCAGUAGUGGAGCAAGUUGAGAGCUUCAAGUUUCUUGGUGUCCACAUCACCAACGAACUGUCAUGCUCCAGACAGUCGUGAAGAGUGCACAACAACACCUAUUCUCCCUCAGGAGACUGAAAAGAUUUGGCACAGGUCCUCAGAUCCUCAAAAAGUUAUACAGCUGCACCAUCGAGAGCAUCCUGACUGGUUGCAUCACCGCCUGGUAUGGCAACUGCUCGGCCUCCGACUGCAAGGCACUACAGAGGGUAGUGCGUACGGCCCAGUACAUCACUGGGGCCAAGCUUCCUGCCAUCCAGGACCUCUGUACCAGGCAGUGUCAGAGGAAGGCCCUAAAAAUUGCCAAACACUCCAGCCACCUUAGUCCUAGACUGUUCUCUCUGCUACCGCACGGAAAACGGUACCGGAGCACCAAGUCUAGUUCCAAAAGGCUUAUUAACAGCUUCUAACCCCAAGCCAAAAGACUCCUGAACAGCUAACCAAAUGGCUACCCGGACUAUUUACAUUGACCCCCUACUCUCUGUUAUUAUCUUUGCAUAGUCACUUUACUUCUACCUACAUGUAAAUAUUACCUCAAUUACCUCGACUAACAUCUGCCCCUGCACAUUGACUCUGUACCGGUACCCCCUGUAUAUAGCCUCUUUACUGUGAUUUUAUUGUUGCUCUUUAAUUAUGUUAUUUUUCAAUGUUCUUAUUUUUUUCAUUGUAUUUAUUGUUUACUGAAGUUUAUUUAGUAAAUACUUUCUUAACACUUAUUUUUUCAUAAAACUGCAUUGUUGGUUAAGGGCUUGUAAGUAAGCAUUUCACUGUAAGGUCUACACCUGUUGUAUUCGGCGCAUGUGACAAAUACAAUUUGAUUUGAUGUGUCGCACUUCUCAUCAAUGUGAUGGCUCGUUGCAGUGACGUAUGACAGCGUGUUCAUAGACGUCCAACAAUCUGUUGUUAAUACCACAGAUGGUGUUUGAGAGCUCGCGCUUUGUACUUGCGGAGCAAUCAUUGUACAAUUUCGUCACGGUUUUUUCGACAUUGCAUCUUGUAGUCUGGUUCUAGAUAUGCCAUCAGGGCAGUGAAGCCGAUAUCCUCUACCAUUGACAAUGGCUGCAUAUCAACUGCAAUAAUUUCUGUAAUCAGCGCUGUGAUUUUCUCACUCCGUCCCUUUUAGAUGGUUAAGCAUUGCACCUGUACUGCCACUGUAGCUCAAUUGCACCUUGCAAAGUUUGUAUUUAUUUCACCACCUUCUCAUUUAACUUUCUCAAAGUAUUGCCAUACAGGACUUCGCUGACACAUUUGGUGCGGCUGGUUUCCGGGUUAAGCGAGCAGUGCGGCUUGGCAGGGUCAUGGUUCGGAGGACGCAUGGCUCUCGACCUUCGCCUCUCCCGAGUCCGUACGGGAGUUGCAGCGAUGGGACAAGACUUUAACUAGCAAUUGGAUAUCAAGCAAAAGGGGUAAAAGUACAAAAAUAAAUAAAAAAUAAUACAGAACUAAGCUGCUGUCCCUUCCCUGUCUUACUCUGCCAUUUUUUUCGAACUGUUAACAACGAAGACUACGUGCGACGCGCUUUAUUUCCGCGGCAAAUAAUUUUAAAGAUGCAUAUCUCCUACUAACGUUACAGCAUUGUUGCAUUAGGUAUCUGUUUAAUUUAAAUCCCUUUAUGAUGAUGAUCGGGACCUGUUAGUGGUAGUUUUGUGAUAACUGCACUGUGAUUCUCAUUUAGUAAAAAACUAAAUAAACGUUUUUAGUUUAGGGAUUUUUUUCUAAACGUUAACGAUCCCAAUGUCGUUUAAACGUUCACACCCCUAAUAUAAAACCUUGUGUGUAGCACUGCAACGGUGUUUGACUGAUUGUGUGUGCGUGCGUGUUGUAGAUAACUAUGUGCACAGGCUGGUGGCCAGUAAGACUGAUGGGAAGAUGGUUCAGUACGGGUGUGAAGGAGAAACCUGUCAAGAGGAGAAGAUAGACGCUCUGCAACUAGAGGUCUGUGUGUGUGUGUGUGUGUGUGUGUGUGUGUGUGUGUGUGUUUGACUCCAUAUUUUUCAUUCCAAAAGUGUGACAGCUAUUAGUUAACAUGGCACACUGAAUUACAGCAGAUAUGUCUCAACCAGAAUUAUGUUUCCUCUUCCUGCAGUACUCUUACCUGCUAACGAGUCAGCUGGAGUCCCAGCGCAUUUACUGGGAGAAUAAGAUUGUUCAUCUGGAGAAGGACACAGCGGAGGAGGUAGGAUAAGAAUCAAUGCUGCAUGUCUGAAAUCAUGUCUCUAUCUAUCCAUUCAGCUAAAUACCUGAUUCUGUGUGUGUGUGUGUGUACACGCAUCUGUCCAGCUAAAUGCCUGAUUCAUGUAUGCUUGGUGUGUGUGUGUGUGUGUUUCAGAUCAACAACAUGAAGGCAAAGUUUAAGGAGACCAUAGAUCGCUGUGAUAAUCUGGAGCGUCGGCUGGGAGAGCUGGCCAAGGACAAACAGAGCAUGGACAAGAAGUAGGUGGAUCCUCUCACACUGCAGGAAGCUGUCAAUCAUCCUGACACAGUAGACUGUUAGAAUCUGACUGUGGACAUAGUCAUGUUGUACUGUAGGUUUUUGUAAACUAGUGGGGAGAGAGGUUGUUAACUGCUAUUGAAAAUCUGGGUGUCUCGGUAGCACCAUCUGCAUAUAGGUACAUCUUCCUUGUUCUCUCUCCUCCUCCAGGUAUGGUCAGUUGUCGACCCGUGUGACAAAACUUGGUCAGGAGCUGAAAGAGGAACAGGAAAUGAACCACUGCCUGAGAGACAAUCAGGGUCAGCUACAGGCCCAGCUGGCUGAAGAGGAGCGCAAGGCUAGAGAGACUGGUGAGUCAGGGGGAGGGAGAGACUAAAACCUAAUUCAGGGUGAGACUGGUGAGACAGGGGAAGGGAGAGACUAGAAUCUAAUUCUGGGAAAGGGAGAGACUAGAACCUACUUCUGGGUGAGUCAGUGGGGAGGGAGAGACUAGAACCUAAUUCUGGGCGAGGGAGAGACUAGAACCUAAUUCUGGGUAAGACUGGGGCAGGGAGAGACUAAAACCUAAUUCUGGGUGAGUCAGGGGGAGGGAGAGACUAUAACUUAAUACUGGGUGAGUCGGGAGAGGGAGAGACUAGAACCUAAUUCUGGGUGAGAUUGGUGAGUCGGGGGGAGGGAGAGACUAGAACCUAAUUCUGGGGGAGGGAGAGACUAGAACCUAAUUCUGGGUGAGUCAGGGGGCACGAGAGACUAUAACCUAAUUCUGGGUGGGAGAGACUAGAACCUAAUUCUGGGUGAGUUGGGGGGGAGGGAGAGACUAGAACCUAAUUCUGGGUGAGUCGGGGUGGGAGAGACCAGAACCUACUUCUGGGUGAGUCGGGGAGACUAGAACCCUCCUUUGUGGACAUAGUCUCUAUCUGGGAGUUAAAUGGAUGACAACAUUUCAUCUUAUCUCCUUGAUGCCUUUAAUCUCUCUCUGUCUCUUUCAGGCAAGCGUAAGGAUGGUGUGAUAGCAGAGCUCCAGGAGCAGCUGAGAGAUGUCAUGUUUUAUCUGGAGACCCAGCAGCAGAUAGAAGGUCUGCCUCCAGAGACCAGGACUGAGAUACAGGAAGGACACAUCAACAUCGGCGCAGCUGCCACUCCCGCCUCAGGACCCUCCACCGCCAUAGGCCGAGGCCGCAGGGGG